CAGCCUGCUGGUGGUAGCCUGGGAAAAUAAAGGGAGAGGAGGAUGCAGCAUCCCUCCAUCAGCGGCCGAGCGGACAGGGCGAUGCUGAGCAGGAGGAGUGGAUGUGUGUGUGGUGAUGCUUAGGAGGAGGAGUGUGUGUUCGGGGUGUGUGUGAGUGCCGUGACGGAACAUGGGAGCGCGCGCUUGAGCGGAUUUGCGUUUGGAGCAUGAUUCACCGCCAGGUGAUACUGACCCAGAACUUGUACCAGAACCGGUUUCUCGGGCUGGCGGCCAUGGCCUCCCCGUCUCGCUCGUCGCAGGGCCGGCGCAGGAGCAAGGACCCCAUCCGGCACAGCUUUAACCCGGAGCACUUCCCCAAUGUGGACUUUCAGAACGGCGUGGCCGAGGACCUCACGGCCACCCUGCCGCGCUCCACCAGCGACACGGACCUGGUGACCUCCCACUGCCGCUCCACACUGACUGCCAGCACCUCACACUACGCUAUCGGCCAGUCGCCAGACAUCACCCUCACCUGGGACAUCAAGGAGGAGGUGGAUGCUGGUGACUGGAUUGGCAUGUACCUCAUUGAUGAGGUGCUGUCAGAGAACUUUCUAGACUAUAAGAACCGUGGCGUAAACGGGUCGCACAAAGGCCAGAUCGUUUGGAAGAUUGAGGCGAACUCCUACUUCGUUGAGCCGGAGACGAAGAUCUGCUUUAAAUACUACCACGGAGUGAGUGGAGCGCUGAGGGCAACCACACCCAGCGUGACUGUGAGGAACCCCUCAGCACCGGUUUUUAAACCAGUUGCUGUGGAUGACGUGCCUCAGAGUCAGGGCAGCAGAAGACUCAUCAGCUUCUCUCUGUCAGAUUUUCAGGCCACUGGGCUGAAGAAGGGCAUGUUCUUUAACCCUGACCCUUACCUGAAGAUCGCUAUCCAUCCGGGCAAACACAGCAUCUUCCCCGCGUUACCCCACCACGGCCAGGAGAAGCGAUCUGGCAUUGUCUGCAACACCAUCAACCCAGUGUGGCAGAGGGAGCGGUUUAAUUUUGUGUCUCUUCCCACGGAUGUUUUGGAGAUUGAGGUAAAAGAUAAAUUUGCCAAGAGUCGGCCCAUCAUAAAGCGCUUCCUGGGUAAACUGUCCAUGCCUGUGCAGAGGCUACUGGAGAAGCAUGCUAUUGGUGACAGAGUGGUCAGCUACACUUUGGGUCGAAGGCUACCGACAGAGCAUGUUAGCGGUCAGCUGCAGUUUCGAUUUGAGAUCACUUCAUCCAUCCACCCAGAUGAUGAGGACAUGUCCCAGAGCACAGAACCCGAAUGCUCAACGGUGCCAGAGGAGCCCGAGCAGGAGGCGCUGGAGGCACUGGAAACUGGGGUGCGGCUGGGUCCUGCCCAAGCUGAGGACGCUAUGAGCCUGGACCAGGGCACUCUUGAACUGCCACUGGAUGGAGAUGUGGACUCUGUGACCGUGCCCAUGGAAGUUGAGCCUGGUCCAGAGUCCUCGGAGGUGGAUGAAAAUAGGACAGAGAUCCGGGAGGAGGAGAGAGAGGUGGUCCAGGAGGUGGAGCCUGUUGCUGAGGAGAGCAGCGAGCAGGAGCAGGGGACUGACCUGGAGACCCAGCAGGACAGAGAAGUGACCGAAAUGGACUUAGGAGCAGCAGCUUCAGAGACACAGGGAGCAAUUCAUGGCGAGAAUGAUGGGGAAGGUGCUAGAGCUUCUCCUGUGGGUGCAGAAGGCACACUGGUGCCCUCUGCUGCAGCAGAGGACAUGGAACGGGCAAUAGAAGAAUCUGAACCCCAGCUUGCCUCCUCAGAGGAUGGAAUUCAGACAGAGGGUGAGGGAGAGGAAGCGGAGCUUGAUGAUGGCUGCCCGCUUCGGGUCAGAACCACUCCACGUAGGAAAAAUCGACCAUGUUCGCUGCCCGUUUCUGAGCUGGAGACGGUCAUAGCUUCGGCUUGCGGAGAACCAGAAACACCUCGUUCACACUACAUCCGCAUCCACCACCUGCUGCACAGUUUGCCCUCUAACCAGCAGACUGGGGAGCCAACUGGGAAUGCUAUAGGUUCUGAAGAGCCUGACCAGCCAAGAGGUGAGGAAGAUGAGGAUGAGGAUGAAGAUGAGGUCAUAAUACUAGAGCCCCACGUCUUAACACCUGAUGGAAUGUCCCACCCUCGCCGGACACUCCCCCGCAGCCGCUCCCACCAGCGCCUCUCUGACCUCAUCCAGCUGCUGGAUGGAGAAGGCCGGCCGCCAGGGGCCGAGAGUCAGGUUGGAGGUCAAAGGUCACCAGGCGAGAGCGAGGGUGACCUUAGCCCAGUGCCCUGCUGCAGUCAUAUGGUGCAGAGGGGCAUGGGACCCAUGCGGGCAGCGUCACUGGACAGUGCUCGACGAUCUGAAAGCACCGUGUUUUCAUCACAGGAGGACGAGGAUGAGACAGAGGCUGUGAACGGCAUACUAGGAUUGGAGGCGGAGCUAGAGCAGGGGGCGGAGAGUCGAGAGCCAGGGGACAGCAAUGCUCAGUGGAAGGAGGUGCCCGCUGCUCACGUCCAGAGUCCGCAUGGAAUUGUGGGUAAUGGAGAGUCUCCGGUAGCUGGGACAAGUAGCAGGAGAGAGUGCCCUCUUCCAUGUAGCCAUCCUUCAGUGAGUCAGCUCCCUGCUCUGAGGCCUGAUCCCCACCACUACCCUACCAUUGAUGAGCCUCUGCCGCCCAACUGGGAGGCACGUAUAGACAGUCAUGGUCGUGUGUUCUAUGUGGACCACAUUAACCGCACCACGACCUGGCAGAGGCCCACCACUGCAGCCACGCCUGACGGCCUGCGCAGAUCCAGCUCCAUCCAACAGAUGGAGCAGCUCAACAGGAGGUAUCAGACCAUCCAGAGGACCAGAGAGGCCCCGGAGCGGAGAGAGGAAGAGGGGGGCAGCCCACGAGCUGAGAGAACGGCCAAUCCAGAGACUGACUCGCCGCCUCAGGCGAGCGAGCUGAGGAGAGACAGUCCUUGCUCCCCAGGACACUGUCAGAAGAUCACACAGCUGCUGCAGAGUCCUGCCGUCAAAUUCAUCACACAUCCGGAGUUCUUCACCGUCCUCCAUGCCAACUAUGGUGCAUACCGUAUGUUCACAAACAGCUCGUGUCUGAAGCACAUGAUCCUGAAGAUCAGGAGGGAUGCGCGUAAUUUUGAGCGCUAUCAGCACAAUCGCGACCUGGUCACCUUUCUCAACCGUUUUGCUGAUUCACACAUGGAGCUGCCCAGGGGCUGGGAGAUCAAAGCUGACCCUCAGGGAAAGUCAUUCUUUGUGGAUCAUAACAGUCGUGCCACCACCUUCAUUGACCCCCGAAUCCCUCUUCAAAAUGGCAGGCUGCCCAACCAUCUCACACACCGACAGCACCUGCAGAGACUGCGCAGCUACAGCGCAGGAGAGGCAUCAGAGGUGUCCCGCACUCGUGGAGUAUCUCUGUUAGCACGGCCUGGAAACAGCUUAGUAGCAGCCAUCAGAAACCAAAGCCAACAGGAGCCAGUGCCAUUAGCGUACAACGAUAAGAUUGUGGCAUUUCUACGGCAGCCCAACAUCUUUGAGGUGCUUCAAGAGAGACAACCCAGCCUGGCCAGGAACCACUCGCUCAAGGAAAAGGUUCACCACAUCCGCACAGAGGGCACACCCAGACUGGAGAAACUGUCCUGCGAUGCUGACCUGGUCAUGCUGUUAAGUUUGUUUGAGGAGGAGAUCAUGUCUUACGUUCCUCUCUCCACAUUUCACUCUGGCUUCAGCUUCUCCCCGCGCUGCUCCCCCGGCUCCUCUCCACAGAACUCUCCAGGGACCCAGCGAGCGCGAGCUCCAGCCCCCUACCGCAGAGACUUCGAAGCCAAACUUCGCAACUUCUACAGAAAAUUGGAAGCCAAGGGCUAUGGACAAGGCCCUGGUAAAAUCAAGCUGAUAGUGAGGAGAGAUCACCUGCUGGAAGGCACAUUUAACCAGGUCAUGGCCUACUCACGCAAAGAGCUCCAAAGGAACAAACUCUACAUCACGUUUGUCGGGGAGGAAGGCCUGGAUUACAGUGGACCUUCUCGGGAGUUCUUCUUCCUGCUCUCUCAGGAGCUCUUUAACCCGUAUUAUGGCUUGUUUGAGUAUUCUGCUAAUGACACCUACACAGUCCAGAUCAGCCCCAUGUCUGCCUUUGUGGAGAACCAUCUGGAAUGGUUCCGUUUCAGUGGCCGCAUACUAGGCCUGGCGUUGAUUCAUCAGUACCUGUUGGAUGCCUUCUUCACCCGGCCCUUUUAUAAGGCUCUCCUCAGACUAGCAACUGACCUCAGUGAUCUGGAAUAUUUGGAUGAGGAGUUUCACCAGAGCUUACAGUGGAUGAAAGACAACGACAUCACAGACGUUCUGGAUCUCACCUUCACUGUCAACGAGGAGGUCUUUGGCCAGGUAACAGAGAGAGAGCUGAAAUCAGGAGGGGCCAAUUUGCAGGUAACCGAGAAGAAUAAGAAAGAGUAUAUAGAGCGGAUGGUGAAGUGGAGGGUGGAGCGAGGAGUGGUCCAGCAGACGCAGGCUCUGGUUCGAGGCUUUUAUGAGGUAGUGGAUUCUCGGCUGGUGUCUGUGUUUGAUGCCAGAGAGUUGGAGCUGGUCAUUGCUGGAACAGCUGAAAUUGACCUGAACGACUGGAGAACCAACACAGAGUACAGAGGAGGCUACCAUGAUGGGCAUAUUGUGAUCCGGUGGUUCUGGGGGGCAGUUGAGCGCUUUAAUAACGAGCAGAGGCUGCGGCUGCUGCAGUUUGUGACCGGAACUUCCAGCGUGCCGUACGAGGGCUUCACAGCGCUGCGAGGGAGCAACGGCCUGCGACGCUUCUGCAUCGAGAAGUGGGGCAAAAUCACUUCUCUGCCCAGGGCUCACACAUGCUUUAACCGCCUUGAUCUUCCUCCUUACCCGUCCUACACUAUGCUGUAUGAGAAGCUUCUGAUAGCCGUGGAGGAGACCAGCACUUUCGGCCUUGAGUGAGGACCUUGCAUAUCCUCCAUCUCCAUCACUCUUUUUCGCUUCUCGUGUACACUGUGUAUCAUGUACAUGAUAAAGAGUUAUUCCGGGGAAGUUAGUAUGUAUAUUAUGCGCCUUGAAGGACACCGUUGCAUGCAUCACUCACCUGUGCACAUGGCGUACGGCGUGUGGGGAAGGAUGUGCAUCAUGCAAGCUGUGUAUGCAAUAUGAAUUGAAAGCCUUCAGCCUCCUCUAACUCUCAGGGCCUUGACCUCUGCUGCAGCACAGCGUCUCCAACAAGGCUGGAGCAUUCACUCUGGAUGCAUGUUUGGCAGUAAACAGCAGCGACCGAUCGCUCUCACUGCAGUUUUACUGCAACACGUUUUAUUUGCAGCUUCAGUGUCUCAGUGAUUGACACUUUCACUGGAAUUACGUGAACAGAUCCUUCAAGGAUGGUUACAGAACAUGUUUUGCCUCAUUAAGUAAACGUCCUUAUUAAGGUUGAUGUGCACCAGCGCUGAAGCUGGCGUCGUUACACGUAUAAUGAAUGAAGAAAUCAGCAUCGACACAAGAAAUCCCACCACGGUGACACCUCCCUUUGCAGGAGCCCAGAUGAAGUGGGCUAGGAGCUCAGUGCUGCGCUGCAUAUUCAUGCCACGUUAACGUCUUUGCACUGUAGAGGCAACCUAACAGUUUGUUAUUUGUUCUGAACAGAUUUAUUUGUAUGUCAUACUGUUCAUUACUUCCACCAUUUUUUCACCAUGUAAGCAAAGUCAUUUAGGGUGGUUUGACAUGAAAUGCUCCGUUAUAGAGAAACUUACCAACUAAGAUUUGUUUACAAUGGUAGUGAUAGGAACCAAGGGUAUCAUUUCAUUUACUAUCCAAAACCACCAGGGGGCCUAAAUGUGUCUCCUGAGUUUUUAUAUGUAACAUGAUCUUUGGGGACAAUUUUGACACCCUGCAUGUAUCUCUCCACCAUGGAAGGGUAUAUAGAAAUAUGUUUUAGGCCAAAAUAUUAUCAUAAAACAAUGCCACAGACAUCAGGCUGAGUAUUUACAAUCAUUUCAUAUAAUUACUUUCUGUGAGGGAGCUUUUACAGGCAUUAAACUCUUCAUCUGGUUCCUGUCACCACCACAGUGAACAAUUCUGACUAGGCAAGUUUCUCUAGAAUAGAGCAUUUCACACCAGACCGCUCUGAAAGACUCAUCUCAGCUUUUAAAUUAUGCGGAAAUUUCUAAAAUUUCUAAAAUUUUCCGCAUUAAAAAAGCACGAACACCAGCGUGUUUUAUUGUGGAUAACAUCACAGCUGUGAUUUGGAUGCAGUACAUUAUCACAUUCAUUAACAGUAACGCAGCUUUAGUGUUUUUUUUUUUUUUGCUUUUAUACAACAGUUUUAAUUGUUUUAAAUAUAUGUUACUAAUAUUGUCAAUUUUAUUCUAGCAGCUUAGCAGUGGUCAGUGGAAUGAUGCAGGUAUGGUGAAAACAAAAUAAAUAAAUGAACGUGCUGUUAUCAGAUAUAACAGAGUUACACUGAAAGGCACCCUGGUGAUGCAUGAUGAGCCAACAUAGACAAAGACCUGUAAAGUGGCCUGACUUCAAAUCAUUUUGAGUACUUUUUUUUUUUUAUGUGUUUCUUUUAUCAAAAUUUCCAGUAGGUAUUGUUAACAAACAGCACAAUCCCUUUAUUUGUACUGGUUCACUCGUUAACUCACUAUUCACUAUAUAGUGUGUGCUAUAUAGUGAACUGGCUGGGGAAUGAGAAUAGAACAACCAUGGAUGAGUUGCUAAGAAUUGGAAUAACACUACAAAACGGUUGACAUUCAGUGUGUUUACAUGCAUAAUAAUAAUCCAAUAACUGCAGUAAAUCAGAUUUGGUCAAUAAUCUGAUCAACGCAUUUACAUGCACUUGAGUAAUGAGAUAAUGGGGAAACUCCAGGUCUACUUGCGUCUGAGAAUAAUCAGAUUUCUGCUUUGCAACCAGCCGACGUGACGUAAAUGUAAUGUGAAAGUUAAACUUCAUGCCUCAUUUUCUUAAAAAAAACAUUGCGGCAAUUCACCUGAAAAUAUGAGCAUGCAUCAUCUAGAAGAUGAAGAAUAUUUAAACCCUUCAUUUCGUCAAGCAUGUAGUUGGUUUUGGUGUCACUUCA